GGCAAAUUUGCAGAUGCUUGUAGCAUAUAUUCGGUCACAAUGGCAAUUUGGCAAUGACGAUUAGCACAAGACACGUUAAGGCAAACAACAUCAAGUGACAUAAAACUUGUUAAAGCAGUCUAAAAACUGUUAAAAAUUGUUUACAAACUGAUUCGCCCACACAAUCAUCUUUGACGAGCGGAAAGCCUGAAAAAUAGUUGCCUGGGCUUGCAACGGAAGUCCAUGCAAAUAUAAACUCCAGAUCAAUGGUGCAGUCUAAAUUUCGCCCAAGCAAGCCCAAGCACAGAUUGAUCUCUGGCAGGAUAUAAAAGCGCGUAAUACCAGACCCAUCGCAUUAUGAUAGAGGUUGUAGUCGAUGCUAAUUAGUGCAGUGCUGAUAAGUCUUUGCGGCUGAUUCAUUGCAUACCAGUUUUUUAUACUCAGAAAUCAUACAGCAUCUUGAAAGAAACGGAUCAAAAGUACAUCAACAAUGAAAUACAAGAUUACAGUCGAAACCGGGGAUCUCCUUGGUUCAGGAACUGAUGCAAGUGUCUCAAUCAAACUAAUUGGUGAAGAUGGAGCCGAAACAUCCAAAUUCUGCUUGGACAAAUAUUUUCAUAACGAUUUUGAAAAAGGUGAAACUGAUACUUAUGAGGUAUGCGGCGAUGACGUUGGUGAAAUCGUCAUGGUCUCGUUGAAUAACAAUAGCAUUGGCUUCGAGUGUAGUAACUGGUAUCUGGCUAAGAUUGUUAUUGAAAAAGAGGAAGGGAGCAAGAAGUACAUAUUCCCUUGUUAUCGCUGGGUUAUUGAUCAGUUGGUAGUUUAUGAAGGGAAAGCGAUACUUCCCAAUUCUGAAGACAAUGUAGGACCAAUUAAUGAACAACGGAAGAAAGAAGUGAGUGAGAAUAGAAAGUUGUAUAAGUGGGGAACAGAUUCAAGAUAUAUUCAAGAUCUUCCUGGGUUCAUAGAAGCCGAUGACCCCUGCUUACUUCCAAAAGACGUGCAGUUCACCGAUGAAGCCACGCAAUCUCUUUUAACAGCUGGCUUGGAAGCGUUCGAGAACCUUGGAUUGAGUCAUCUCUGGGGUUUGUGGGACUCUUGGGAUAAUCUUGAUGAUUUUCGCACCCUGAUCACUAAAGCCAUCGAUUCUGAUCUUCCUGAUGCUGCUGAGUAUUGGAGAGAUGAUGUGUGGUUUGGUAAACAAUUUCUUAACGCCUCAAGCCCUGAAGUGAUCAGAAAAUGUGAAGAAGUCCCACACAAUUUCCCUGUGACGAAUGAAAUGGUGGACAAGCUACUGGAUAGGGGUUAUACUUUGAAUAAGGCCGUCAAGGAAGGCCUUAUUUUCAUCGUUGACUACAAAAUUCUUGAAGGAGUGGCAACAAUGGACACGCCAAAAGACAAACGAUACAUAACACCAGCAAUGGGACUGUUCUACUUGAAGAAUAACGAUGACUUGAUACCUAUAGCUAUUCAAUUGGGUCAACAGCCUAGCAAAGAUGUUCCAAUAUGGACACCUUUGCAAGACACCGAAUGGGACUGGAUUACGGCGAAACUAUGGCUUCGAUGUGCAGAUACUCAAUAUCAUCAGAUGAUAACACAUCUUCUUCGUUGUCAUUUAAUGAUGGAACCAACUGCUGUGUCUUCUUGGCGAAAUCUUCCAUCAGUUCACCCAGUAUGGAAGCUUCUGUAUCCUCACACAAAGGGAAUUUUGGCCAUCAACGCACUUGGACGAAAGAAAUUGAUUCCUGAAGAUGGUGUUGCUGAUCAAGUGCUUAGUGUUGGUGGAGGUGGUCACGUUACCUUGAUGCAGAAGCACUACAGAAGCGUUACAUUUGAUAGUUAUGAUCUGGUUAAGAAUCUUACUGAGCGGGGUGUUAAAGAUUUACCAAAAUUCCACUACAAAAAUGAUGCUUUGCUUCUUUGGAAAGCUAUCCGCCAAUUCGUGGAAGACAUCAUUGUUAUUUACUACAAAAAUGACAAAUUUGUUCAAAAGGAUAACGAAAUUGAAGACUGGAUUCGUGAUCUUCGUGAAAACGGAUACCGUUCUGGAAGUGACAACGUGGAUAAGAAAGUGCCGGAAUGUUUCAACAAACGUGAUGAAUUAAUCCAUUUUCUAACAAUUGUGAUCUUCACGUGUUCUUGUCAACAUGCAGCCGUCAACUUCUCUCAAAUGUCCACCUAUGGUUACCAUCCCAACUCUCCCAGUUUGAUGAGACAACCACCACCAACAAAGAAAGGCGAGACCAACCAACAGACCGUCAUGGACUCGCUGUCAAAAAAACAUCAAGCUGUAGCGAUGGUUUCAAUUGUCAAUGCUUUGGUUACGAUUUAUCCCACAGAGAAAUUUCUUGGAGAUUAUGCUGAUAAUCUAUUUGGUGACGCUUCGGCCCAAAUAGCGUUAGCAAAGUUCAAGAGCGAGCUUGAUAAGAUUACAUCAGAGAAGAUCAAUAAACGAAACGAAGGCAUGGUAACUCCGUAUGAAUGGCUUUUACCUGGCCGUGUUCCAAACAGCAUCGCUAUUUGAAUCCUAUAUAUGAACUACAUGUUGACGGAAUUUUUUCACUUUAAAGUAAUUUUAUACGCAUUAGUUUGAUUAAUGAACACAUUGCAAGCUUUAUAAGUAUAACAAUCAUUAAAUCAACUGUGGGGAGUCUAUAUUAGCCAGGCUUGAUAGUUUUGAUCACGAAAGUGGAAUUUGAAAUCUUUGACUAUAAUUUAUAAACUCAAAACGAUUCGUUCAAUGAACGUUAACAAGAUUUAUUAAAAGCUUUAGUU